AGAAUAGCCACAGCAUGUUUUUGGCUGAAACAUAACCUACACCUUUUUAAAAUUUGGAAAUAGAAACUAUUGUUUUAAAAAAAAUAGUGCUAUGAAUAUCAACGUUUUGAGAAGUUUCGAAAAAACGAUAUUUAAUUUGUGCAAUAUUUACCGUUUUACAUGCGUGCGUUCAUCCACCAAUGCUUCCAUUCGGCACCCAAAAAUUGAAAAGGAAAAUAAAUCUUUAACCGAAGACUUCGUUCCCAACACAAUAUUAAACAAACGGAUAAAAACCGCACACGAUUGGGAAGAUGUGAGGCACAAACUUUUAACUUCUAGUAAACAAAUUUCGCAAAAAACGAUCGAUUCUAUAAUAUUGAGUGUGUGUAUAUCGGCUAAGAAUUAUGACCUCGGUUUUGCAUACAUUGACUUCCUGAAGCAACAAAAAGUCAAUUUGGGUUUAGCUACAGUUGGGAAGUAUUUUAAAUUAUUUUAUUUAGCUAAUUGUGGAAAUGCGGCGAUUAGGAACGAAGACGAAAUUUAUAGUUUAUAUAAAUCGAUGAGGGCACAGUUUAAGGUCUUUGAUGCUGUUUCGUGCGAGAACAUCAUUCAUGCCCUUUCAAUUACUCGCUACUGGCGAGAAUGUCUGCAACUUUUGGAUGAAAUGAGAAUAACUUGUGAUCCCAAUAGGCCUACUUAUAGUGUGAUAGCAGCUGCUUGUUUUCGAAAUGGAGCAGAAGAUCUGGGUUGGCAAUUUUUAAAUGAAUGUGCCAAUAGCGGAAAUCCUCCACUAAGUGUGGCAUACUUAGCCUACAUCGAUGCAUAUGAACACAACGAGCCUCUCAAACGAAUGGAAGUGCUGUUUUCCUUUUUUAGACAGUACGAGAUUGAGUGUGAUAUACAAGUGGCAAACAGGCUGAUCGGCUUGUACCAAAAUUUAAACUUGAAUGCAAAACAUACAAGUUUCUAUAAUAGUGCCAAGUGUAAAAAUUGUCGUACUACGCUUAGAAAAUCAGAACUGACCGAAAGUGAGUUCGAAGCACUCAAAGAUGCAAUUUUUAAAAACAUAAUAGUGGGAUCAAAUGUCUUUUAUAAGUCUACACCUGCAGAAUUAGAACAGUUUAAACAAUUUACGGCUAACAUGAAAAGUUAUGACGUAGUUAUUGAUGGGUUAAACGUAGCCUACACUGUGGGUACAAAGCAGUCACCGCAUGUGCUUUCAUUUUUCGUGAAAUCGGUAGUGAAACACUUUGUAGAUCAAAAUAAAACUGUUCUGUUACUCGGUAGAACGCACAUGAACACUUGGCCAAAAAGUAACUGGGCGUACGUAACUGAACAUUGUGACACUUUCCUAACUCAGUCGCUGUCGCAAGAUGAUCCUUACCUUCUGUAUUGUGCCCUCCAUUGUGGUGUUAAUACGAUUAUUGUGUCAAGGGAUCUUAUGCGUGGUCAUGUCUUUAAACUUGCGGAUGUAAAAUUAAAAACGUCAUUCAACCGUUGGCUUGUACAAAAUCAGUAUCAGUUGUUGUACGUUAACAGUCAGGGGAAGGUGAAUUUUAAGUAUCCCCUUCCCUAUACUAGGAGUGCACAGAUGUCAAAUGGUAUUUGGCACCUUCCAUUAGCUGAUGAUGGGGGAAACAGUAAUAUGUGGAUGUGUUUGACAAGUAAAGCAUCCUAAUAUAUGUAGUACAUAUGUGUCUUACUUUUGAAAAUUCCAUUUUGAUCGUUUACCGUCCCCUGGAUUUUGGUUCAAUUUUUAGAUUCUUAAGGGGGGGGAUUGGAAUCCGAGCCCAGUAAUGGCGGGUCUAGCGUAUAUUUUGUUCGUUGUGUUUUGAAAAGUGUAGAUAUUUAUAGAUCAUUUUAUUCUUUCUUGUACUAAAACUACCUUGAAAACGCACAAAAUUGCACUUUAAGCAUGCUAUUUGGGCUCGUAUUUGGGAGUACCACUAGACUAUUCUUGCCAUUUCCUAACACAACUUUGGCACAAAUGCUCCACAGUUACAUUGUAAUAGGUGGUCACUUUUUAGGGUUUUUGUUAAAUUAACAAAAUUGCUAGCAUAGGAAAUGUUAUGUGUCCCGCUUCAUAAUGCAAGAGAACAGAACUAAUAUUCGAAAAAUAAAAUACCAAGCACAUGACGAAAAUACAGGAUUUGUAUUGGUUAAGAGGGCUACGCUUCCAGAAGAAUUGCGUUCAGAAAAAGGGGAUUCGUUUCGUACUUGGAAUGGAAUCCAGCGUGGUAUUUAAGUAAAAAUCUGGUGGGAGAACGGAAUUCUUACUAAAAUUUUGGAAAAUCCUAUCCCGGUCGAGCGCUACUUUUUUCGAUCGCGUAUUAAUUCUUUGGCCGAACCUUCGGUGCAUAUUUACAUAUUGUGAACGCAAAAGAGUUACAGAUCACGUAAAAUUUCAUUAGCAAUUAAAAGUCAUAUAACCACAGUGUGUGGGAGAAUCGUUGUCCUCGUAACCGUAGACAGUGUCGCCAUUCUUAACGUGUUGACCGGUUGCGUUCAAAUUUCGCUACGACUUGCCAGCAGAAAUAACACUUGGCUGGUUUAUGCAGCAAGAGAACUUAAUUGCGUAUUGAUACGCAAGCGAACAUUUUUCGUUUCGGUGCAUAUUUGGAUCAAGGUGUACGUGUUUAAAUAAGUUGUUACUAUGAAAGUGUUUAGGGUCUAAGGUGCAAAACUUUCCAUUGUGUCAGAUUUUUAAUGGCCAGUUACAUAAAAACUAAUUUAUUAAUCAGAGUUGUGCAUCCAACUUGUUUAUAUGAAGUGCGAACAAAGCGGCUACCGGUAAAAAGGGGUACAUUUAUACAUUGCGGAACAUCGGUAAUUUAUUACUGUGAAUAAGUCAACGUUCAGCCAAUUAAAUCAAAGUAAGCCUGAAACACGGUUUAUUCCUGAAUCAAAUUUCGUGUGCUACCUUUCGAUAUUAAUUUUCAACAAGCAACCCAAUUCAACCGAUGGUACAAGAGGUCCAUUCGAAUUGCCUAAGAGGUUCCACUAUCCAAUUUUCCAAAUUGCUGCUGCAGAAAAUUUCAACGCAUCGAUAAAAUGAGCUAAAAUGCCUAUAUGGAGAGGGUGCUAUAAGCAAAAAAAGCAGUCUGCAAUCAAAAACCAAAGUUCCAUUGGGUAGCAAAGCAAUCUAGUACACAUAGGUACCUAUCAAAAACAGAAAUUCUUUG